AUGGGCAAGAAAAACGGAGCCGAUGGCGGAGGACUCUUUGCCGCCUACCUCGCUGCCAUGCCCGAAUCAACCAAACCCGCCGAAGACACUGAAACGUACUUGCCAGACUCGAUGAAAGCGUCGACACUGCUGGAGCGCAUUGGAUCGGAGAGAUCGUGGUCGAGCCGUGAUGUUGAGAAGGAUGCCGAUAUCUUGGAGCGGAACAGACUAUACACCAUCAAGGAUCUCCGUGUCCUCUCUGGAGAGAGCUGGAAGGAAAUUGAGUUGUUGCCUCUGGUCAAGGAUCUCUUGCGUCUCUCUGUCAACCCUCCCGUCGUCGAUUAUGGAAAGCUAAAGCAGGAAAAGAAAAAGAUGAAGAAGGAAAAGAAGGAGAAGAAGAAGAAGGAGAAGAAGGAAAAGAUGGAGAAGUCGCGCAAGGAAAAGUCCGUCAAGAAGGAUCAGAAGAAAACUGCAGAGGGAGAGCAGACCGGAUCAACAUCAGCAGAGACGACAGCAGAGACAUCGACGAGGACAGGCGAGGACGGCCUUGUCGCCAUCCACAAGAAGGAAAAAAAGUCCAAAGGCGAUGACGGCAACGAGUCUUCAUCCUCGUCCUCAUCUUCAUCCUCCUCGUCGUCGUCAUCCUCGUCUUCUUCGGACUCGGAUCCAGAGAUGGAAGCAAAUACACCCAAAAUGUCCUCAGCAAAGUUGCCAUUCGUCAAGUCGGGAAACAGUGCACUUUUGCCCGGACCUGGACGGAUCCAGCCCAUGGGCAACCGUAUCCGUGUGACAGCAGGGAACGGAAGCACAUAUGAGGUUGAUCGGUACUGCCCUCACAAAAACGUUGAUCUUGCGACCAAGGGUGUUGUUGUUGGCAACACAUUGUUCUGCAACAAGCACAACUGGGCGUUCUCAUUGGACAACAAGGGAUACUGUAGCAAGCACGGAGCCACCGUCAAUGCCUGCAAGGUCGAAUGGUAG